CGAGCUCUGCACUCCGCACAGGUCCACGCUUUGCACUAGCCAUUCCCUGUCGCCGACCUCACCUGCCUCUCCAUGGACGGCGGACGAGCCGCAGCCGUCGGCGGCGACCCCUCUCCCAUCGCUGCUCCUACCAAUCCCUCGGCGCUGAGCAGCAGGCCCGUCGAUGUCUCCUCGUUUACCCACACCCCGUGCUACUGUCUCAGCAUCUACGUUGCGACGUCGCUACAACUGCAGGGUGAAGAAAAUGUUUACAUGUUAUGUAAGGAGCUUAUCAGAACCGGAGUGGCUGACCCUGCAGGCACUGAUCUUUAUGUUGUUUUCAUAUCAAAUGAGGAAAAGAAGGUUCCUCUCUGGCAUCAGAAAGCAGGCCAUUCUGACAACGGAUUUAUUUGCUGGGAUUAUCAUGUGAUCUGCAUCCAGUCUAGGCGAAGCAAAGGAGAAGUUCUUGAUUUUGUUUGGGAUCUGGACUCCGAUCUUCCUUUUCCUUCCCCAUUCAUCCAAUAUGUUUCUGAUGCGAUUCAACCACUAUCAUUCAGCAAUUCCAGAUAUGCAAGACUCUUCCGUGUGAUUCAUGCUCCUGUGUUUCUUCGAUCAUUUGCCUCAGAUAGAAGCCAUAUGAAGGAUCCUGAGGGGAACUGGAUUCAGUUACCCCCAAAAUAUGAACCAGUUGUGGCUGAAGAUGGAACCACCAAUAACCUCAAUGAGUACAUCAUGAUGUCUGUGGAGGAUGUGGCAGACGUAGAAAGUAUGGCUAAUGAUGUUUACUACAACAAGCAUGGUGUGGUGCUAAAUGAAACGAUUUUGCCUAAAUUCUUUGCUCAGCUGCCUGGUCCAGAUACUUAGCCAGCGCUCUUCCUGUUUCUCAAAGCAGCAUCAGGAUUUUCUAUUGUGGAGGGUUACUCUGUACACUUCCGUUGUGCACUCCCAAGAUUACGAAUUAAAAUAUAUGGGCGCGAUUGUGCACAUGGUGUCUCUAAGUAGUGUUUCAGAGAGGUCCUGGUCAGUUUUAGAAUGCAGAAUGUGGGAAUCUCGUAGUUCCAUCAGCCUAGACAUCUGAAAGCUUCAUCUUAUCCCAAAUACGGCAUAGAUAGAUGAUGAUCGUGCUCGCCUAAUAAUGAUGACUAGGCCAAAUUUAACGGCUUCUUUCUUUGGUUGUCUGUCGAAACUUGUGAACAUGAUACUUCUAUGUGCUCGUUGUUACCCUACAAGUAAAUAUGUAACCCAUAAACUUAAAGGUUAUCGCACCUUUUUGCCCUUAUAGUUUAACAAAAACUCCAUCGUA